GUAUUUAUAAGUUUCCCGCAACACACGUAGUUAGCUGAAGAGCACUAGCAACCAUGCAGGCACUCCGCCGGGCCGUUAGCACCGCUAUGCCGGGAUUCCGCCGGGCGUCCACCACGGCCGGCGAGACAAUCGACAAGUACUGGGCUCCCUACUUCCCUAAGCCCGCCGUGACCGCGGAUGAGGCCAAGAAGAGCGUGAACAAGGAGAUGGUCGGCUUCAUGCUGCUCGGCCCCGUCGGCGUUGCCUUCAUGCUCUACGACUUCGCUGUGGGUCUGGAGGAGGAGCACCACGUGACCAUCCCGCCCUACCCCUGGAUGCGCAUCCGCCGUCUGCCCGGCAUGCCGUGGGGCCAGGACGGCCUGUUCGAGGGCCACCCCCGCGUUGCCACCACCUGGCCCCCGGAGGAGGGCGCCGCCGACUCCCACCACUAAGCGGCUGACUGACACAGUGCUGACGCUCGGCGCGGUGACCUGGCCGCUGCCUAGCGGCUUGCGCACCCGAGGCCGCCACACACGCGCAGGCUUGCGUCGGGAGAAUCCCCCAAUGUGAAGGUCCCGUGUGGGCGGGUCGCUAGCGGCUGUGUCUUGCGGCCUGCGGCAGCGAGAGCGCGAGUCGUUGUUUGACGCGAGGCCCGCCGACCUCGGCUGUCAGGCGCGCGCCGUGGCUGUCAGGCGCUUUGUGAGUGGGCUUACCUCUGGCUUAGAUUAUAGACUUUAUGACGUGGUGUGGUGCGCGUGUGACUGCUGAAUGGGGAUGCGUGCUGAGACAUCACUGCGUGUGCGGGGUAUGAGUGCUUUAGUUAGACGCGUGUCUCUUAGAUGGUGAUGGAUGCUGUUCGUUAAGAGCUCUUUAGCAUAGCUGUCAACGUGUGCUUGCGCAGGGAACUGCAGACAGGGCUUGUGUUUGCGGCCCCCGGGGAGGACUACUGCGCAUCUCCGCAUGUAAGAAUAUGCAAUGCCCUGG